UCAAAAUAUGAAAUGUUGUGGCCUGUAUACAACUACUUCCUGUAGCUGAGUUUUUCUCCUAUUUAACUCAAAGAGUUUCCAUAGAAAAAGAAGAUCUUAUGCUAGUACUAAUCUUCUUCAACUUAACUGAGAUCAAUAACUAGUUAAUUAAUCAAGUAGUCAGUGCGAUCAUGGAUGGAAUUACAACUAGUAGUUCGUUUCGUCAACGGGAUCAUCUAAGAAAAGAUGAAACUGACAGAAAUCAGAAAGAAGAUGAAAAACAUUUGGUGAGCAAUGGGAGUCUUGAUGUCCGAGGCAGAAUUGCCGACAAGCGAAAAACAGGUGGAUGGAAGGCUUCUCCGUUUAUCAUAGUGAAUGAGGCGGCUGAGAGAUUAGCAUUUUACGCGAUUGCCGUCAGUAUGGUAUCUUAUUUGGUUCUAGAGAUGCACCAAUCGCUGCCCGUUGCUGCAACUCAUGUUACUGACUGGAUUGGAGCCGCUUUUGUGCUAACACUUCUUGGCGCUUUUGUGGCUGAUGCUUAUCUAGGACGAUUUUUAACCAUCAUGGUGUUCUCUUGCAUCUAUGCUGUGGGAAUGGUGUUGCUGACGAUCUCAGCAUCAAUAGAUAGUCUACGUCCUCCACCUUGUGUUGGUCGAGUUUGUGUGCCAGCAAGUAAAAACCAGACAGCUUUCCUAUAUUGUUCCCUAGCCUUAAUCGCGCUUGGAACUGGUGGGAUAAAACCAUGUGUUUCAUCAUUUGGAGCUGACCAAUUUGAUGAGACUGACGAAAAGGAGGUUUACAAGAAGUACUCUUUUUUCAAUUGGUUCUUCUUUGCAAUCAACAUUGGAGCACUCCUUGGUAUUACAGUGUUAGUGUAUGUACAAGUCCAAAAAGGCUACGGGUGGGGAUUUGGUAUUCCUACAGUUGCAAUGUUCAGUUCAAUUGCUAUAUUAGCUGCAGGAAUACCGUUCUAUCGGUACCAGAAACCCAUGGGAAGUGCUUUUACAAGGUUCAUUCAAGUUGGUGUAGCUGCGGUUCAAAAUCAUUGGAAAGGGACGGAAGUGCAUCGUGAAACUGUUCUUUUCGAGGUGGACACUAAGGAGUCUGACAUUAGUGGCGCCAGGAAACUCUCCAGAACCGAGCAGUACAGGUUCUUGAACAAGGCAGCGGUUAUAACUAACCAUGAAGCCGACACUACUAACCGAUGGAAUGUCUGUACAGUUAAACAAGUUGAAGAAUGUAAAUCUUUCAUUAGGGUUUUACCAGUUUGGGCAUCCACUAUUGCACUCGCCAUUUCAUUUGCACAACUUUCUACCUUCUUUAUAAGUCAAGCCUUGAUUAUGGAUCGAAAACUUGGCUCCAACUUCCUUAUUCCUGCUGGAUCAAUUCCUGUUUUUGCCUCCAUCAAUGCUCUGAUCCUUGUACCAAUCUAUGAAGGGUGGAUGGUCCCAAUCCUUCGUCGUCAAACAAGUCAUCGACGUGGAAUUACAUCGUUACAACGAAUGGGUGUUGGGUUAUUCGUUUCAAUCUUUGCCACCAUAUCUGCAGCAGUGGUCGAGAAAAGAAGGAAAGAUCACUACCCGGUGCCAUUUUCAAUGAGUGUUUUCUGGUUGCUCCCACAAUUCUUCCUUAUGGGAAGCGCCGAAGUGUUUACUUAUGUCGGUCAAUUGUAGUUCUUUUAUGAUGAAGCCACAGAUGGGACUAGAUGUCUUAGUAGUGCAAUGUUUCUGAGUGAGAUUGGUAUUGGAGCUUGGUUGAGUACAACAAUAGUCUCAAUUAUACAGAAAGCCACUGGUGGCGAAGAAAAAGGAUGGUUAAGGAAUAAAUUAAACGAAAGCCGACUUGAUUAUUUCUACUGGCUGUUAACUGCAAUCAAUGUUGUUAAUUUCUUUAUUUACUUGUGGGUUGCUUGGGUUUACAAAGGCAGAGAUGUUGUUGGUAGCACAGUGAGUGAUGAAGCCGUGGUUGAUGAUAAAAAUUUGACAAAUGAAGACCCAAACAGAAUUUAAUUGAUGUCAGAUUCGGCAAUAUUGUUUAUUUUUACUCGAUCACACUCACUCUUUUGUAACUAGGUUUACAAAGCAAUUUAUUUAUAAAUUUAAACCUUUCCGUGCAGAAUAAAAUUUUAUAUUUUUUUUGUACCCAAACAGU